AUGGAGGAUUCACAGAAGAGUGAAGCAGAGAAAGAGAAAGGAGGUGAAGAAGUGAAAUACCGUGGUGUGAGAAAGAGGCCAUGGGGUAAGUACGGAGCAGAGAUCAGAGAUGCAAGAAAACCUACGGGAAGACAGUGGUUAGGAACAUUUGACACAGCAGAAGAAGCAGCUAGAGCUUAUGAUCGUGCAGCACUUCAAUUGAGGGGUGCACUUGCAAUCCUUAAUUUUCCCGAUGCAUCAGCAAAUUCUUCAACUACAGGCAUUGGAAGUUCUUGUUCUUCACAACACAAGGAAGUUAUCGAGUUUGAGUAUUUGGAUGAUAAGGUGUUGGAAGAUCUUCUUGAGUCAGAAGUGAAGAGAAUGAACCAAGAUUAAAUAACUGAUAAUAAGGAGUCACUG